GUCGGAGAUCAUCGUUCAGCCCGUAUCAUCGGGAUCGCUGCACAGGAAGGUGGUCGGGGGGGCCCACUUGGUGGAGGGCGCGUACGACGCGUGGGACGAAUGCGGCGAGACGAAUACCCAAGUGAAGCUGAGCAUCGAGGCAGGGCUCCCCGGCGUCACGGAGAUCGACGCCCGGUCCCCCCCCGACAUUGUGAGGUGGUUCAAGGGCGAGGGCAACUUCCUCAACGAUACGGUGUCGAAGACGUCCUUCAUGGAAGGCUACAACAUCGUGGACGAUAUCACCAAGAACUGGAAGGCGAGCAGGUCGGCCCCUGCGCAGCAGCAGGAGCGGACGUCUGCCGCGGCCGCGGCGGAGACCGAGGUGGAGGGCGGAGCGGCGGGCGCCUGUGCCACGGAUGCUCGAGUCGAUCAUCAGCUCGUCGUCUUCGGAGGAGGUCUGGGCACGGAGCUGGUCCAGUUGGCGCAUGCCGAGGUGGGGUCUGGCCAGGACGCCCAUGCCCAGGCUUGGCAGAGGAGGCUGGCUGCGCCGAUGGCGGCGGCGCCGUCGGCUAGCGCGGCCGGCAAAGGAGCGGCGUCGUCGUCGGCUGGCCCUGGCUACGAGAGGGCGUUCCAUGACUGGAUCAACCGCCACCACCCUGGCCUCUUCCCGAAGUUCUCCAGCUUUGACAAUUGCAGGAAGGCGAAGAACAAGAUCGCCAGGCUGGGCCAGCUGGACGGCACCAAAGGUUUGUGGAAGAGGUUUACGGCAGACAUGGACGCCAAUUGCUGCUACUCGGACCCCAAGAUCAACAACGCCAACGUAUGGCACAACAUCGAGGCGAUCACGGCGACGUUCUGCAAACCCGACCUUGUCGCCAAGUAUGACGGCCUCGAUCGUUUCGCGCUCGAGGACACCAAGGACGCCAUCAAAGUGAAGGCCUUGAUGGUCCACGUCAAGGGGUCCAAGAGGAUCGCGGCCGCCAAGCGGAGCUUGUUUGUGGACCAGGUUUCCAACCCUGCCCCUGCCAGUGGCGGUCGCGCCUGUGCCGCAGAGGCCGGAGAGGCAGACGCAGCGGGCGGCAAGAAGAGACGCAGGGUGCCCGGUCGCCCCACCUAUCCUGCGGCUAAGCAACUGGCCGCACCGAGGGCAGCCGACGACCACGUGCCAGAUGAGGCUACGCCCGUCGCAGUGGACAUCAUGAACUCCAUCGAGUCCGUCGUGGCCGAGUUCGACCGCGCGGUCGACUCGGCGGUGCUGCAGGCCCUGCAUCUGUUCAUCGAGUAUGGGCUGAGCAAGUCCGUGGACCUCCCUGCCAACAAGUUCGGUGUUGGGCCACUCAAGAGGUUCACGCUCUGCCACAAGGUGCGCAAGCACAUCAUGAAGCUGCUGCGCGCCGCCCACGUGGACGCCAACCUCGCCGAGGGCGCGCAGCCCCCCGCCGCGGGCGACUUCAGCAGCGGUGAUGAGGACGAGGCCCCCCUGGCACCCCCGGCCAAGAUUGCCAAGACGAAGGAAGAGCAGCUGAAAGCGGCGUCCGUCGCAGCAGAGGCGAUGCACGCAGCUCUCGCGACCGCGAGCACGCGAGGCUGGCACCAGCCGUCGAUGAUUGCCUUGAUCGAGCUCAUGUCCAAGCCAGAGGCUGCCAAGACCGUGGGGGCGGUCACUGCUCUCCAGACAGCGUGCGCGGCUGACCUGUUCAUGCAGCGGCACCAGGCAGUGAAGAGCGGGAAGUGCGGAGUGGACCCUACGUUCAAGAUGUUCAAGCGCGCGAACGUCCAGUUCGCGAAGAUGGUGUCAUCGCUGGCAUCGACGGGGGUGUCGGAUGCUUUCGCCGACCCGACCCCGGCGGCGUGGGUCAUCAAAGCCGCCCUGGCCUCUGUAUGGCAGCAUUCCGACAACGGCGCCAUGCGCGCAGCCCGCCUUGUGUGGGACGUGCUGCACGCCACCGACGCCAAGCCCGACGACGACGGAGGACCCCCGCAUGCCGCCCAGGCGGCGGGGUCGGCGGGCCAGACUUCCGAUUCCCCGGACUCCACCUCGGCGACCUCGGCGGCAGGGUCGGCGGGCCAGCUUGCGGAUGUGUUCAAGGCGCAUGCGUCGCUGGCGACUCUGGGCACCGUCUGGGCGUCCGUGGCCGAGCUGGAGCUAUGCCUUACGGCCCGCGCCCACAUGGUGAUCGCAAUGCUCAUCGAGGCAUCUGAGUUGUGCGUGGACACGGCGACCCUUGCGGGCUGCAUGGAUAAGGCGUCCCAGGAUGUGAGGCAGUACUUGGCGAGGUGCGUGAAAUGCGCUUGCCAUUACAUCGAGGAGGCUGGUGCCUUUGACAGCGCACACCACGACAAGUCCACCCUCGAGGCGGCGCGGCUGAAGUUCGCGACCGCGGCGAAUUCGACCGAGGAUGAUGCCAUCGCCCCUCUGAAGUCACAGGCGCAUUGGGAUUGUCUAUUCCAGUCCAAGGUGGAAGAGUUCAAGAAGUGGAGCGACGCUGAGUUGCAGCGCCAGGUCCUGGAGGUGGCCGGCGACGCCGCGGCCCCGGCGGCCACGACGACCUCGGACAGGGAUGAGCUCAUCAUAGCUGCAGCCUCGGCGUGGGUGAACCAGGAGAAGGCCAAGAAGGCGGAGGUCGAGGCGCAGCGGGCGCGCACUUUCAGAUCCCUUGUCCUCAUGGAGAUCGGGAACGUGUCCGAGACGCGGCCGCCCCCCCUCGAUGGCGAUCAGGCUGCGCCCACCUCGUUCGAGUACGGGUCGUACGCCCCGCUGUCUGAGUACACCAAGGUCUUCAACCUGGGUGCCAGGUGGGCUGCGAAGGAGAUCGCGUCUGCAGUGCAUGCCGAGAUCUGCCGCGCCCAGCGUGCCCAGCUCGCGCCUGGCGGGGCCAAGGCGCUGGCCCCCCUGGCCUACAAGAUGGACAUCAUCCAGAUGUCUCCCGCCGACGGCGACGACGGCCAGGUGCUCCCCAAGAACAAGCUGUACGCGCAGAAGCUGCCGAGUGAUUGGAGUCUGCGCCUGUGCGCGAGGUCCGUGACCCUGUCGAGCUGCCCGUUGAGUCUGAGGUCCAUGGCGGCGAUUGGCGACUUCGAGGUUCCUGGCGCCGGCGGCCACAACGUGAAGUUCUACAUGAGCAUGGUGCCCGACAAGCGCGACGUGAAGCCCACCGACGAUGAGUGCAGCAUCGGCUGGAUGAUCCCGGUCGUGGCGCCUGGCUCCGAGAAGGAGCCUGUCCUCGGGGUGGAGCGCGAGACGAAGCAGCUCGUGGUGGACGGCGUGACGGUCGAGUACCAGGAGGUGCGGCUGGUGCCCGCCCACAAGGACGGCCGCGAGCUCGGCUCGCCCGGGGCCAACGAGUGGGUGGAGCUCACGCGCCCCAUGUUCGACGAG